GUAGGUUUUAAAGAUAGGCUACUUUUGGUUUCACAUUCUUGUGUCGACUCAACCCGUUCACCGGAUGUUUUAAUAAGCUGCUUUUAAAAUAAAUUUUGUCCCUAGAGGUCUCUUCGAACAAUAAAUAAGUAUCUUUUCGAGAUGAGGUGAAUUGCGCAUAGUCAAGCCCGAAAUACAGAUUGUGCUGAUCCUUGUGGCCUAGCUUUUUUACCACGAGAGCUUGUAUGUCGUUUCUCCCCUCCAGAAAGGAACCAUGGGUAAUAAAACAAACAAGUGUUUCAUCAGCACACCUGAAAGUGUCAAGCACAUUGCAGAAAGCUUCUGCAAAAAGGUCCACGACGUGAAUGCUCUCAAGCUGAAAAAGAUGGCAGACAAGGAUAAGUGUAAAUUUGUUUUCGUUUACUGUCCAAUUGUUUCUCGCGCUGGAACCGACAUUGAAGCAAGCCUUAAUAAAAUAAAAACCGAAUUUCCAAAACAGAUGGUAAUUUUAAUAGUGCUUCAUCACACAUUUAACCCUGAGAUCAUUGUAUCAGACAGCAGUAAAUUUGUUGACGAUAAGGUUAGUCUUACUGUGGACUGUCUGUUUCAUGAGGAUCAGGGAUUACUAAAGUGCGAAAGGAAUUCUAAAGCUGUGAAAGUGGUUGCACAAUUCCUGAAAUCACAAAAGAGAAAGAAGAGAAAGUAUAAUCAGAAGAAACAUAUUGCAAGCGAAGGCUGAUCAACUGUUAUGAAGAUGCAACAGGAUGAAAAAAUGUAUAGCCAAAACAUUCAUUGAUGACUUAAUUCUGACCCUGUCUGAAAAGCCAAAUGGACAAACAGCCAGUUCAAAUUCUGUAUAUACAGUAUAUAUUUUGAUUUUACUAAAUCUUUAUACUUUAUUUUUAAGUUUCAAUUCUACUUUCCAUUAAAACUCUGACAUAAGCAGGCUAUAAGAUGUAAAACCUUUGGACUAGUGAUGAUAUGUACUUUUAAGAUUCAGUGUUAUUACUAAGUGACCCGAUAAAUGUUUUUAUGCUA